AAGCUUCUACCUAUAUACAUCAAAUAUGAUUACAAGUAUAGAUAGAUAUAUCAUACAUAUUAUAUAUAUGAUCCCACAAGUACAGUUACAAUUUAUGGCACCCACACAAGCCAAAACUAGCAUCCGUUUUAUCAACUACCACCCUCUCGUAGGCUAUUGAUUUUUCACGUCUUCGUAGAGCACCACGACUGGUCGCCGAAGCAAGCCAGUGCGCACAUAUCUGCACACAGCGAGAAACGCGCUCGUACCCGGUGUUGUACGUGGUGGGUGUGCUUCAGAAGUCCUCGCGACGUGAAAUAACAAAACUUCCAAGACCGUGGAAAGUAUUCAAAAAAAUUCUAAAAAAACAAGUAAAUAAUUAAAUAUUAUCGCACAUUAAAAAAAAAAAAAAAAAAUCAACCACAAGAAGUCACUCGUGUUAACCGAAGUGCCACUGACGAUUUAAUUGACCAACGAACGACAACAAUAAAUAAUAAGAGGAAAAAAUAAAAAAGUUUAUUACAAAAGUGUGGUAAACUUUUGUAAAUAAAAAUAAACAGGGCAGCAUAGCAGUGCGUCGACCCAGUGGACAGGAGUGGCUGCACUCUUGACAUUUCUCUGUCUUUAUCUUUGUUGGUGCUUCCUACGUUGCUCUUAACCUGCAGGAGCAACCCCCACGCACUGCUAAGUCACUGGGGGAUAUAACCCCCGUAAACUCACUGGAGUAUCUAAUAGUCUGCUCACUCGUUACAGAUCAGUUGAUGACGAUCCACGCUGUGCUUUUGCAUCAAUUUCAACGUAACAGUAUCUGCUAAAACGUGGGUGGUGUUUUGCUUUCGUCAUCCAGAAAGAGAAGAGACUAGUCUUCGGUCAACUUUAUAACAGUACGCCCACGAUAUUUCAAAGAGUUUUUAAGGAUUGUUAUGUGAUAAAUACUGGCACAGUCGUUUUUGUAAUUUCAUUCACGUACAACUGCCAUCAGUGAGAUUUUGGGCUUAUCAGCCUUGACACUUUGUCGCGUGUAACUCAUAUAUAACGAUUUAACCCAGGAUACAAGAACUAACUUAUUAUCUGAGAUUCCUUCUGGUAUUUUCUGACAUCAAGAGCAAACAAGUAUAUUAAAUAAAGUGUGCGUCAUCUAGAUUGUCGUCACCAGGACUAGCAUCAACGACAACGACAAUCACAACGAUUACUACGGCUGCGAUUGCCAAGAGAAUAACUAGACAUAUAAGAGGGGAAAAAUUAUUAUAGGUCUAUAUCUUGAUCAACUGACAAGGGGAGAAAAUUAUUGGGCGGAAAAUAAAAUAAUAAAGUAAAAAAAGAAAAAAAGUCACAAGUGGUGGUAAGAUUGCGACGUGCAGUCUUAUGCUCCUGUAGCCUCGUGCGUGAGCACGGGUAAUCGAAUAAAUAACUAUCGUAUAUAAGGGACCCCGUAGACGGGGGUUUAAUCAGUCGUGACGGCAGAUGUCAGGAUGCCGGAACAGAGCAACGACUACAGAGUCGUGGUAUUCGGGGCUGGUGGGGUCGGUAAAAGUUCCUUGAUAUUACGUUUUGUGAAAGGAAUUUUUCGAGAAUCUUAUAUACCAACUAUCGAAGACACCUAUCGACAGGUGAUAAGCUGUAAUAAAAAUAUAUGCACACUUCAAAUAACGGAUACAACCGGGUCCCACCAGUUUCCUGCUAUGCAGCGGCUUUCGAUAAGUAAAGGUCACGCAUUCAUCCUGGUGUACUCAGUGUGCUCGCGGCAAAGCCUUGAAGAAUUACGAUCAAUCUGGGCGGUGAUACGGGAGCUUAAAGGACAGGAUAUCUCCCAAAUUCCGAUAAUGCUGGUCGGCAACAAGUGUGACGAGAGUGCUUCAGUUCGCGAGGUAUCAAUGAGUGAAGGUGAAGCUGAGGCCGCUAAUUGGGGCUGUGGAUUUCUCGAGACCUCCGCCAAGACUAACCACAACGUUAAUGCACUCUUCCGUGAUCUUCUCAACCUUGAAAGGAAUCGCUCGGUGUCAUUGCAGCCGAUGGAAAUCAACAGCGCGAUAAGCCUUAAGGAAAAAUGUGCCGUUAUGUAAAAAAAUUUAUUAUUAAAUUAAUAUUAGCGAUUAACUAAUUCAUUAAUUGAAUAUUUAUUCUAUUCUACUUUAUUGGCUUUUAAAUAUUUAUAAAAUUUAUAACAGCCUAGGCCAUGCCAUUUUAUUAUUUAUUACUUAUUACUCAAAAUUAUCAUAUUUGUAUCAAAAACCUCAGGUCGUAAACAAAUUUUUUAUUUAUAUAGUUUUUGUUUUCAUUUUUUGGCAAAAAUUAAUUUAAAGAAAAAUUCACUUGAUUCAAGAGAAGAAAUGUUGAACUUAAAAUAUUAUUUUGAAGAAUUAUUUUGCUUAAUUAAAACUAAUGAAACUGUAAAUUUGAUUACAUAUCACGUAAUAUUUUUAUAAUUCGUACAAAAAAUUACAUUAUAAGAUGGAAAUUUCAAUAAAACAUGAAACUGCAAUAUUCCGUACUUGAAAUAAAAAACUUUUUGCUCAGCGUCAAACUUUUACAAUUUCGUUUGCAAAACGCUGAGUUACUAUUCGGAAAUGUAAUAAAUGCUCAAUGAACUGUCAAUAAUCCCUGAUUUUUUUUUAUGUUGAGCCAAACAGAAAAAUUUUUGAUGCAAGUAAAAUUGAUUUAAAUCAUGAAAAUUUUCUAAUUCAAAAACUUUUUUGGUUGGUUCAAAAUAAUGAAACUCUUCAAAGUAAUCUUCUUAGUUCAAAAUUUUUUUCCAUAAAUCAAGUAAAUUUUUUAAAAAGGAUAAAUUAUUUUUUUUGUUUCAUAUCUACGACAAUUUAUAAGCACUCAAUGAACGAAUGAAUGUUUUCAUUAAUUUAUUGUUUUAUAAAAAUACCUGGAAGGUUCUGUUUUGUUUAUUGGUAUUUUCAUUUCCAUCGAUAUUUUAUUAUUUUUAUCCAGAUGCACAUGAUAAAAUAUUACGCGGCCUUUUAUUGUUAACACGAAUAUAGAACAAAAGCUUGAUAUCGUUUACGAUCUGGUGGCAUCGGCAUCCAAAAUUAAUAAAAUAAUAAAAAAAAAAAGUAAAACAAAACGAAUCGGACGACA